CGAAUAGCUAGGCUCUAAGUUGAACUGUGUCGAUUCAGUACAUGAUUUAAUGAGUAUUAAUCUUUUUAAAUCUUACACAUGAAUUAGUUAACCCUCUCUAAAUAGCUAUAUAGCUUCACCCUAAAUUUGUAACGUCGUAUUUAUGCAGAAUCCGGACGGGGCGGAAAUUUAGCAUUACAGUACUUUACAAUUAUAUUUUAGAAGAGAUGCAUUCUCUUUUACCUACCUUUACGAUAAUAUUGAUUUCUACCUUAUCGAUAUGACGUCACGACAUGUCUAGUAUAUACAUACAUUUAUUGCAAUGUUAGUGGGUUAGUUGGAUACAUGAGAGAUGGCGCGACGGUAAAGCAGGUUUUGUAGGACGGGAGAAGACCAAGGGUGUCAUGGUGAUGUACGAAGUGGUAUGAAGAGUAUACCAGAGUGAAAUGUUCAGAAUAAUACAAAGGAAAAAUUGUUUUAGUUUUAGUACGAGUCCACCUAAUGGAAUUCCACUGAUGAGAGAGUGAUAGGAAGAUCGAAGAGAAAGAAUUUUGAUCUGACAUUACAAAUGCGUUCAUGGCAGUCAAUUUGACAGAUUGCAGAUACGUUACAAAUUUAAAGACAGGAAGUAAUUUUUUAAUCGUUCAUGGACCAUCAAUUCGACGCGCGCGCAAUAGCCUUUCAGUCUCCAUAAUGAUUAAUUCAAAGAGAAAAUUCAUUAAAAGGAAAAUCGAUCAUGAAAAUAUUCACGUGUCCACCCAACAUAAAAUUUUUCGUGUCAAGUUUUUGUAACAGAUUUGAAUUAAUUUUCAUAAAGAUAAUAAUGUUCUAAAACGUGUUGUUUACUACACCAGGGAAAAAUGCAUCUGUUAAAUUCGAGUUAUUCCGAUUUUCGAAUGAAGCACUGUUUGAAAAUGGCCUAGGAUGAGCUUUCUUCGAAGGUCUCACGGUAGAUGAACGAGAAAUGGUCCAAGAAAGGAAAGAUAAUGGGGGAUAUGAAUAGGAGCACAAGUAUUGAUUAAGGACUGUGUGAUGCCGGGAUAGAGGAGCUACGUGAAGUCACCCUACGAAUGCACGUAGUCAAAUGGUGGGGCGCGUACGACUAAUAUUAGGGUGGGGAUCGAAUGCACAUUGCGCUGCGUUGCGAAUGGUGCGUAUACGUGUACACGGCAUGUUACGGCUGGUACACAACCAACUGACGUACACGUGGUGUCUGGUCGUGCAAAGACCAGUAGAGACCGGGUACUGGAGAGCGGAGAGUCGAGAGUGGAGACUGGUAGAGACCGACUACCAUUGCUACCGUUAAGCCCGGCAGCACGCAACUCCCCUCCACUGAAGGUUCCUCUUUACUCAAAGAGUAGCUUUUUCUUUAGCUAAUCCUUACUCGUUUUCGCCGAGCUCUUAGCAGUACUCCCAUAGAGAAUCCGAAUUGACCCGAACGAGGAUCGUGUGUUCGGAAUUGACUGUGUCUCGUCCACACGUCCUUCAUCCGCCCAUUGGAAACUAUUGGUGAGAGGAGGCGGCAGACUACGAAUAGCAACAUCUUUUAGCCAAAGGUAGUGAACACGCGAACAGUAGCGAGAGACCGCAGCAGCACUCGAAUAAUCGGCAUUCAUAAUUCGCAGGAGCGCGUUGAACAGCAGACGAGUGGAAGCCAAAUAAUAGACCGGGAGACGUAUUUAUAGGGACCUAGGAACUCUAAGACUUCUCAUAGCAACAAAAUUUGGAGAAAGAUCUAAUAGGGGGUGCUUGCACUUUCAUCAACAGCAUGUCCCAAAAAAAUCGGUUUCCUUCCAGUCAACAUACGCGCUAUCGUAGCAGUUGGGGACCAUCUUCAGUUUCUGUCUUUAAUUGUGCCGACGUACCAAGGCCUACGUCCGAGGAAGAGGAAUUCGCCGAGUUCUGCCAUGAACGUUUCAAUUCGGCUCAAGCCCGACAACUCAUGCCUCUUCAAGAAGACUUGGCUGAAUGGAUUAAUAAGACGUUAAGUGUGGAUCACAUAACCAGUGAAAACUUUUUCGACGCUUUGGAUAAUGGGGUAGUAUUAUGCCGAUUGGCGAAGGUUAUUCAAGAAAAAGCAAGAUCGGUUAUUGAUUCUGGAAGAAAUAAAGGACCAGUACCCGUGAUAAGAGGACGAUGUUGGGAAAAUGCUGCUCGUCGUAGUUUCUUCUCACGCGAUAACAUGGAGAAUUUUAUACAGUUUUGCCGUCGCCUUGGAGUUCAUGAAAAUCUUCUGUUCGAGAGCGAUGAUCUUGUUUUACAUGGACAACCACGAAAUGUAAUUAUCUGCUUGCUGGAGGUAGCGAGACUAGCAGCGAGAUAUUCUCUGGAACCUCCUGGACUUAUAAAGUUGGAAAAAGAAAUUGCUGCAGAACAGAAGCAGGAUCUUCAGUGUUUAUCCGAUAGCGGCAUCUCACACGGCAGUCUUGUGUCUUGGCAGUUUGAAUCGCCGUCCCCAACUCCUUCAUCCAGACCACAAGCGGCCAAAAUUAAACAUAGCAGUUCGACUUCGGAAGUGGCUACACCUACGUCCCGAUGGCUCAGUCCGCCAACGGGUACAAGUCAGGACUCAGAACUACGAAGAUCAGCAAGUGAUAAUGGACCCACCGGAAGUGAUGGCGUUCCGAGUGAUACAACGGAGGAUGACUGGUCGAGGGGUAGUGCAGAUGAUCCUGACGAAGUAUCUUCGCCGUCCAGUUCGCCAUCGCCAUCACCAGCCGUACCACCUGAACACAUUGGUCCAGUCACGGAACUUGAUCGUAAGGUGCGAAGAGCGACCGAAGCUGUCCAAAAACUCUGUCGAUGUCCUUCAGCUAAGUGUUCAAAAUUCAUAGUGCGCAAGGUUGGAGAAGGCCGUUACCAUAUUGCCGGGCGCAAUGUUUUCAUUCGUCUUCUCAAGGGACGACACAUGAUGGUAAGAGUGGGUGGCGGUUGGGACACCUUGGAACACUUUCUGACAAGGCAUGACCCAUGUCAGGUGAGGAUCCUCAAUCGCGAAAGCACACCACGCCCUCUCGCUAAUAAGCACAGCAAUUUUCUUCACAUCCGUGCAAAGUACCACAGUCCGCCACCAGAAACGCAUUCCGGCCGUUAGCCUAAGUACAAUGCGUACGUCCAAUUCUCUCGUUCUUUCUCUCUAAAUAGUUCGCUCAAAUCCAAUUGAUUGGACUGUUUACUUUGUUAGAUUUUCUAUUCACAAUACUCCCUUUCCGUUCACUCUGCCCUAUCAACAAUCCUUCUGGAAGCAAAUGUCAGGACUUACAUUUUUAAAUUUCCAAUAUAUUUCUAUAAAGAUUAAAAACCCAAUUCGCCCACAUAACUCAUUCCUGAUAAACGCGUAAAUUUUAUACAUACUUAGUUACUAUUGUCGAUGAACACUCAUUCGUGACCAGUAACAAAAAUAGUAUUAAGUUCGAGAUCCUAUGACUAAAAAAUAUCGAGACAAACAGGUUUGCCUUGAGGCACGACCGCUUAAGCCAUGCACUCGCAUCUAGGUUACCCUAGUGAUAUGCGCAGUAGCGACUAUUUGUAUUUUGCGCCGAAAUCAUAACGGUAUCAAGGUUGAGCACAUUCUGGAUUUUAGUCACGUACUGCAUUUGAACCACAAGUACUGGAAAUUUGUAAAUAUGCUGUUUUAUGUAUAUCUGGAAUUUAAUAUUCCUUAUGAAAAUUUAGCUGAAUCGGCUUACCGUUUGUUUGAAAUUUUAUUGCCAAAAUUUAUAGACACUCUAUACAUAUAGAAACAUGAGACAUUAUCUUUAAUGGCGAAUGCAUAAGACAGUCUCACAUAGUCUAUAAGGUCGUGUCAAAAAAUAUUCUUUUUAUUAAUCUGCUUGGAAGACGUGACUCUAAUUUAUAAGGAAUCCUUUCAUAUAUUUCAUGUAGAUUGUCCAUUUAAUCGACACAUGCCUGUACUCACGUAUAACUCAUACCUACAACUUGAUCACAUAGUAAUAGGUUUACGAUCAUAAUAACCAAAUUAUUUUCUAUACGAAUAGAAUAGAACAUGUAAAAAAAUUUCAAAUUACGUGGAAUGUGGAUACAAAAAUAUUAAUAAUUUCAGGCUAUUUCUCACGCACGUUUAACCACUUGACUCGCUGUUGACCGAGAAUAGGGAAUGUUCCCCAGUUUGGACCUAGGAUAUAUAGUAUUUGGUGCCCUAUUGCGCAUGCUACAGUCUAGUGGUUAAUGCAUUGACUUAAUGUCAUGGACUUUAUAAGCCAUAAAACAUUAUCUUCGUAUCUCUAGCGUCUGCAUGUGACAUCCCUUGUUCGAUAUCAUGUGGGUUUCACUGAAAUGCAUCAGUGUUUAUAAAAAAGUGCGAUUAAAGACUCAGGAUAACUAAUCUGUAAAAAAAUCUAUCAAUCCUUCAUGAAAGCUGCAAUACAUUCGAUGCUCAUAAUUAUAUUUAUAAUUUAACUCUAAAUUCUCAAUGACUCCUUCAUUAAUCUAUUACCUUGGGGUUUCAUGAUAAGUAACGUUCUUACAGUAGUGACGAUUGAAAGGAAGCGUAAAAAGAUACACCAAUAUUCGUGCGAAACAUUCACGUUACAAACGUCACAAACGUUAAUAUAUUCGAAAACAAUUGUGACAUAACGAACACAGCUGUGUUCAAUCUUGUAAGAAUGACACGACUCCCCCAAAGUCCAACACAAUGUAAUGCCAGAUCGAUAUUCAUCUCGAAAAUCUAUGUAUCAGUUCAUACGAAUGUUUAUCGUAGGUAAUUGCGAUACGUUUCAUAAAAUUUGCGAUGACACUACUAUAUUUUUUACCCGGUUGUUUAAUUAGGAAGAAAAUUAGAUUGGUGCCUUUUGAUGUAUCGAACUCCAAUACUUCCAAAACAUUGAUUCUGUCACUAGCCAUUGAAAAGCAAUAUUUGACUGAUAGUAUAUCCAAAAGAUAGGGUAAGAAGUUUAUAAGAAACAACAAAUUUUUGUAAUUUAGUCAAUAUAUCAACUUAUAACGGUAAUUCAUCCAAUGCACCUUCAUAUUCUUACGAUUAUCACAAAUCUAAUACAAAUGUACGUAUUACGGGAUGGGCACAUUAUAAAUUUUAACUGAGGCUUGUGUAAUCAUUUUUGACUAUUUUGAUUUUUAUCAUCAGGAUUAAGAUUGCUUGGCUCACGUUAAGCAUCUUCAAUUUUUGGAAGGUGUGCAAGAUUGAAAGAAGAGCUAAAAAGGAUAUUUUUAUAUUAUCACAGCAGCUUUGGAUAAAGUUUCGGAAAGCCGAUAGUAUGCUGAAUUUACACCAUAAAUAAAUUUUGAGCAUUUCUUUGAUGACAUUUGACAUCAAUAUGCAAGCAUAUGAAAUUUCAAGCAUCGUUUUAUAAUGGUCUUUUUCGUUAGAUAAAAACACACUCGCGUGAGCGUUGCCGGUUAGCCAAAGUAACAUGUAUCCGUAGGAUUAAGAUAGUAUAUUUUCGCACUUACAUUUAAUCGAGGAUUAAUUCUUCUACGAGCCUUUUCAUACGCAUUAACGCUACUUGAACAAGAGUUAACAUUACUUGCGCAAAACUUACUGUUUUUAAAACAGAUUAUUGACCGGGGAUGCAUUUAACGGAUAACUAAUUCCGUCCCAUUGUCGUCAGUAGAACAUUACUUUGUUAGUAACAUAUAGUAAUAUAUGUUAUUUGUAUCCUUUCCUGUUAAUAUAUAAACUUAUUGAUAAUUAUGACGACCAUAGAAAUUGUAUUUGUGAUGUUCCAUGUUGAUAAAAACCUUGGUCUUGCCUUUCUCUCAUAUAGCAUUUUCAAAUGGUAGGAUUUUCUUGUAUCAGGUGCAAAGUGUAGACUCACGCAAGUGUAACUCUGCACCCUAUCGCAUACGAUAACUGUAAAAAACAUGUGCCAAUAGAUAACGUAUUAAAAACGUCUUUUAUUCUGUGCAAGAAAA